AUGAAAAUUGAUGUGAAUGAAACAUGCACAAAUGAAUAUUUAAUGAAAGAAGAGAUUCAUGUAAAGCUUUUAAGAGAGUAUUCAGAAAUGCGGGAAGUACGUGUCAUGAGACUAAUCGCAGGUAAUGAAGAUGUGAUUGCUAUUGAUAUUCUCCAUCGACGAAUCUAUCAUUGUCAACUUGACCUCACGAUACAUAACAUGAUUUUUCAUUUAAAUCAUUAA